CAGCAUCGUAGCCUUCCGCGUAGCUUCUUUCUACUAUGAAAUGAUCGUGAUUGAAUCGUCAAGCCCUCGCCCGAGAGAAGGCGGUGACGGGACAUGCGUUCUCUUUCUCGGUCAGGGCAAAUCACUACAACACCCGGUUCCAGAAAAGUAGAGGAGUCGAUUUGCCCCGGGAACACCUGCACCCACAUGAGACCCCCCUGCUCAAGGGGUUAUUCACUCAGUGGUGACUCAGUUGAACCAUGCGUCUUGCCUCUCCUCCCUCCCGCCCCCUGCUCUCCGCCCCUCGGCGCGUCGGCGGCGCGCGGACUUGGAGACGUCUGGGCUCGGCAGGAUUACGCGCGACGGAGCGGUCGACGCGAAAGCGCCCAGCAGCCGGACAGGACAGGAGACACUUCCGAGCUGGGCUGGACGUCCUCUCAACUCUUGACUGGCUGAGCAACUCCCUUCCCAACAUUUCUUCCCCUGUGAGCCUCGGGUGUCUGUGGUCCCUGGCAGCGGCGGCGGGUCCGGACCACUGCUCCUCCUCCCCCCCCUCCCCUCACACUCGGGUCACGGCGACUAUAGAGGAAUGGCAACGAUGUAAACAGCUGGUGGGAGAAAACAAACUCUCGCGCACAACAAGAUUGCCAGCGAAUUGAGUGCAGGGGGACGCGAGGAGGAUGAUCCCGCCGGCCAGCAUGCUGCAGGACGAGAGCGGGGGCAAGGAGGACGAACAGGACCAGAAUGAGACGCCGACAUCCCCCGCGGCGAACGCCAGCCAGCAGGAAACCAAGAAUACUGUGAGGCCUGAACAUCAGAAGCGCAAGUUUUCCUCAGCUCUUUUUCUCUCUGUUCAGCUGCAGAGACUCAAACGAUCCUUGUCCUUCAAGACCAAGAGUAUCCGCAGCAAGAGCGCCGACAACUUCUUCCGAACCAGCGGUGACAACAAGACGGAACUGCUCUCCGACGUGAGCAGCAGCACGGGCCAUCUCUGCAACAUCGGGAUGGCCCCGCCGCACACCACCAAUCUCCCCAUCCCGCCGGUCCCUCCGGCCAUCCCCUGCGCUCCUCCUCCCACGUCGCGCUCCCAGUCACGCAACCCGCUGCAGGUAGACUCGGCGGGACACUGCUUCAUGGAGCACAUCUUCAAGAAGCCAACGUUCUGUGACGUGUGCAACCACAUGAUCGUAGGUACCACAGCCAAACAUGUGGUAUUCCUGGCGGGAAACACAGCAAAGCACGGUCUGCGCUGCAAAGCCUGCAAGAUGAGCCUCCACCACAAAUGUGAGAAUGGAGUGGGACAGCAGCGCUGCAUGGGCAAACUGCCAAAAGGCUUUCGGCGGUACUACAGCUCCCCGUUACUGAUCCAGGAACAGUAUGGCUGCAUCAAAGAAGUAAUGCCCAUCGCCUGUGGGAAUAAGGUGGACCCCGUGUACGAGGCCUUGAGGUUCGGAACGUCUCUGGCACAAAAGGCCAAGAGAGCAAGUGGCUCAGAGUCUCCACACAGAAACUCGACCAGUGACUUGGAUAAGGUUCCAGAGGAAGUGGUGGCUCACAGCAGCAGACAGGAGCUAUCAAGAAAACACAGUGAUGAUGUUUUCACUGUCAUUGAGAAUGGCACGCAGCAUUACGCCCAGCUCGAGAGAAAACCUGAGGAUUUCACGCUGGAGCAGAGCCAGCUACAGAAAGACAUUCUCACGCUCAACACCUAUGUGGCCUUGUUCAGUUUCAAUCCGCAAGAGAGCCAUGAUCUGGAGAUGAGAGCGGGAGACCGGAUCUUAUUGGCUGACAACUCUAAUGAUGACUGGUGGAAGGGGCUAAUUGAGGACAGGAUCGGUUUCUUCCCAGCAGCCUUUGCUCAUCAGGUGCGGACCGGCGACCAAGUGUUCAAGUGUAACAGGACGUUCAUUGGCUGUAAGGAACAAGGCCAGAUCACCCUGAAGGAGGGACAGAUCUGUGUCAGCAGUGAGGGAGAGCGCAGCGGCUUCAUCAGAGUGGCAAGUGGAAAGAAGAGGGGCUUCGUGCCCUGUGACGUCCUGGAAAUCAUCUGAGACAAACACUCGGCGAAAUGAAUAUAGCAAGAGAGAGAGAGAGAGAGAGAGAGAAGUAAGGAUCUGCCGCCUGGAGGAGGAUGAGGAGGAAGAAGCUGAACAUACAAAGUGGCUACGAGACACUAGUGAUGGAGUUUAAAAUGAAAGGUGAUGCUGGUUUUGUCACUGAGGACUCCACUUUGUUGCGGGUCAGCGUCUCUGCACCUUCCUUUCCCGCUCUCAGCACAAACAGAGAAGCCAAGAUGUUGUUUGAUGUUUGCACGUCCACAGGAGAUCACUCCAUCACUGGAUUUGAUUUUUAUUUAUGGAGUCAAUGUGUGUGUUAGUUUUCCCCCUUAGUGUUAUUCUGGGUUUUUUUCUGAAAGUGGGCUGGCUGUUUAUGCCUGAGAAAGGGAAAAACGCUGCAAUUAUUAUUUUUCGAGAUUUCAGUACAUACAAAGUAAUUCCUCCUAAAAAUAGCUUUGUUUUUUGGCCAACUCUCGGCUCUGACGUACAUGAAAAUAAAUUCCCGUUUAAAACUUGAUGUAAAAACAUAUUAGGCAGAAAAUAAGAACUUUUACUUUCUUUAAAGCCUUAAAUCCCCUAACCAUCUGUUAAAAGAACUUCCUGUAUAACCUCUAGUGUGCAGUUACAGUCCUAAAAAAAGCUUUUUCCACAUGUUUCUCUUGUAACUGGUGAGAAGCAGCUACGGAGAGACGUGGAGGAGUAUUUUCAGAGGGCUUUGACACGAUCUAAAACACUCUAGUAAUUCUCUCUGGUCUUACAACAAUAUUAUACUCCCAGUCUUAGCAAUGUCUCACUCACUGCAAUCCAGGGUGUCACUUUUUGACGAUGGCAAUAUAAAGUUUCAUCAUCACCGUCAAUCAGAAUCCAUUAUAAUCAGUUUCACAAAACCAAAUUUACCAUUUCACUUUUUCUCCAAACUGAAGAAUGUGCUAGAUUUAUCUCUUCAGACUUGUCUUCACUGAUAUAAUGAUUAAUUCAAUUUUCUCUCUAUGAUUUUUUUCAUCAAAUAUUCCUUACAUCGCAUAUAAAACAGGGGAGGAUGAGAGCUUUUGUGUGAUCCAGAUAGAGCCUGUCUUUUUUUCUUUCUUUUUAUAAUGUCACAAUCAAAGCUCAAGUGAUCCGAUGGGGAUGACCCGUGAACACACAAUGGCGCCUGUGAGAAAAUGAUACAUUUCCAGCUAGCCUGUUAACUUUAAAUGCGAUCACUCUCUUGUCGUGUGCAUUUCUGGCAGGGUGUUGCAUCAUAGUAGAAAUAGUAUAUCUCUCAAAGGCUGUUGUUCACUGAAACUUGGCUUUAGUGAAUGUCCAAGGAUGCUAUAUUGUACAUAAUGUACGUACCAGAUUAAAAUUCCUUCUUUAUCACAAUAACUAAA